UUCUCAUUUCUCUCACAACACAGCAACUCAAAUCCCCAAUUUCUCUGUCUCUCUCUCUCUCUCUCCUGCAGCCAUGGCUGACAGCAAGGUCUCUCCGACUCCACUGCUGAAAGAUGAACUCGAUAUUGUGAUACCCACAAUCCGAAACCUCGAUUUUUUGGAGAUGUGGAGGCCCUUCUUCCAGCCAUACCAUUUGAUCAUCGUCCAAGAUGGCGACCCCUCCAAGACCAUCAAUGUCCCUGAGGGCUUCGAUUACGAGCUCUACAACAGAAACGACAUCAACAGAAUUCUGGGUCCUAAGGCUUCCUGCAUUUCGUUCAAGGACUCUGCUUGUCGUUGCUUCGGCUACAUGGUCUCCAAGAAGAAGUACAUCUACACCAUCGACGAUGAUUGCUUUGUCGCUAAAGAUCCUUCCGGCAAAGAAAUCAAUGCUCUUGAGCAGCACAUUAAGAACGUUCUGAGUCCUUCGACCCCAUUUUUCUUUAACACCCUCUACGAUCCAUACCGUGAAGGUGCAGACUUUGUCCGUGGUUACCCAUUCAGUCUUCGGGAAGGUGUCCCAACCGCUGUUUCUCAUGGUCUCUGGCUUAACAUCCCGGAUUAUGAUGCUCCCACCCAACUUGUUAAGCCUCUUGAGAGAAACAGCAGGUAUGUGGAUGCAGUCUUGACAAUCCCUAAGGGAACUCUAUUCCCCAUGUGUGGUAUGAAUCUGGCAUUCAACCGUGAAUUGAUCGGCCCUGCAAUGUACUUUGGACUCAUGGGUGAUGGCCAGCCGAUUGGACGAUACGACGAUAUGUGGGCUGGUUGGUGUAUCAAGGUUAUCUGUGAUCACUUGGGAUGGGGAGUGAAGACAGGUUUGCCCUACAUUUGGCACAGCAAGGCAAGCAACCCUUUCGUGAACCUUAAGAAGGAGUACAAGGGAAUCUACUGGCAAGAAGAGUUGAUCCCCUUCUUCCAAGCUGUUACCCUUCCGAAGGAAUGUACGACCGUUCAAAAGUGCUACAUUGAGCUCUCCAAGCAAGUGAAGGCCAAGCUUGGUAAGGUGGAUGAAUACUUCAUCAAGCUUUCAGAUGCCAUGGUCACAUGGAUUGAGGCUUGGGAUGAGCUGAACCCAGUUGCUGGAAGCUCUGCUGCUGAAGUCACCAAUGGACCCAAGAAAUAGGUGUUUUGUGAUUGACAUAACCUUUUGACAGUCCUUAGAGUUAUUUCAUUGUACCUUAAAUCUAUCUUCUUUCCAAAGCUUUUUGCAGUCGGAGCUCGGAGUAUUCAUUUGGCAGAGAUGGGGGUUAUUCUAUCAUAUUAUCGUAAUUUUAUGAGAAUAGAACAAUAAACAAUACCGGUUCUGCAUUCCUUAUAGAUUUGAUUUGAGUGUUAGCUAUUUAUUUAUUUUUAAUUACAUUCUAUGGUUUUUUUAUUGGAAAUUUCAGCUGAGAUUGCUGUUGGCUUGGUUGUA